AUGUUUUCAAAUUAAAACAAAAACACAAUUGUACAUUUGAUUAAAGAUGUUGUGAAAGGGGAAAAAGAAUUGGAAAACUUAAAAUAAGGUUUAAUUCUUCAAAUAACUGACAAUAAUGUAAGUUAUUAAACAUGCUUUUUACAUGUAAUAUUAAUUGAAUAAAUAUUAGUUAACUUAUGAGAAGGAUAGAAUAAGUCGAAAUGAUUUAGAGGUGUUUUUAUCUAAUUAAUAAAUACGUUUUGAUAAUAAAGAAAUAUAAGUUUUAAAAUAUACUACUUAUUAGGAGUAAAAAUAAUAUAAUAAUAAUGUAAUAGUUUUUUAGAGUUAAUGCUUCCAUGUAAUUAGAUAUUUUUGAAAUAGUAUCAAUAAAAAUAAAUGAAUUAUAAUAAUCCAAAUUCAGAUAUAAUAAAUUUAAUAGGAAAAGUAUUCGGUAAGAAUAUAGAAAUAAUUCGAAAAAUGUAAGCUUAUUUAGAUGCAUUAAUAUUGAGAUUUGAUAAGAGUACCUUAUUAAACUUUUUAUGUCCAAAAGCAGAUAAAAAUACACCAGUUUUCUUAUAAUUAUUAAAAAAUUUAGAUUUAGAUAUAAGUUUUGAAGAUGUUGUAUGUGCAAUGAGAAGAUUAGAUAAAGAUUAAGAUUCGGAUGUAAAAAGAUUUGAUUGGGAAGAGAUUCUUAAAUAUUCAAAACCACCAAAAAGUAAUUAGAGUUCAAUAGGAAAUCUAUAAAAAUAUAUUAAUAAAUAGCAAAGUUCAAAAUCAAUUAAUAGAAGUGAAUCAAGAUAAAAGACAGAUUAAGAAAAUAUUAAUUCAAAUAGAAAUGUUCAUUUUUCUAUAAUGAAGUCUUCUACAAAAUCUUUAAAAAAGUAGUCUAGUAUUAUGGAAGAGUAAAUACUUGAAUUUUAAUUACAUUUAAUAACAAUAGGAAAAUUAAAUGAAGAAUUAGAUUAAAUAAAACUAGAAGUAUUUAAAAUUAAAUAUAUCUUUCAAGUUAUCAAGUCGUGCAGAUUAUUCAAUUUCUUAAGCAUUUUAAUUCUUUGAUCUUGAUGUAAAUGAUUCAAUAGGAUUAUAAGAUUUAAAACUUGGAUUUUUAUAAUUAGGAAUAGAUGUUAAUGAUUUCAUAAUUAGAUAAUUAUUACAUAAUUAUUCUUCUCAUCAUUCUUAAACUUAAUGGGAGUAUAAAAUAAUAUUAAUAAUUUUAGUCUAAAUGAUUUUAAAUAAUUAUUUCCAGAUAGUAAAUAGACUUUAAAUAGUUAUAAUGGGGCAUUUAGUUAUGAAACGAAGAAAAUAAUAAAAAUGAUAAUUUAAAAAUAUUUAGAAUUAAUUAGAUAUAAGAAAGAAUCAAGUUAGUAAUUGAGUUCUGAUAUAAAGAAUAUUGAAAUAAUAUUUAAUUUUAUUGAUUUAGAUUAGGAUGGAAUAAUAACUUAAGAUGAUUUUAAAGUGUUAGAACUAAAAAAUAAAUAGAUUUUAUUAUUUUUUUAAUAAUUUGAAGAUUAUCCUUACUAAAUAACUUAUAAUUAAUUUUAGAAGUAUUUUAUUUGA